CUCAUUCGGUCGGUGUUUACUGCCACUGAAUAGAUCGUGCGCGCUUCUACGUGACUAUGAUCGUCAAUUACUUCAGUGACAAGAACUCGUGGCUUUUUUUUAAACAAAGACGACCGAGAAUCAAUCAUUAAGUGAUGUCGAGCGAUUUAGUAACAACGGCCAACAAAGUUCUCAUUUAUUAAAAAAAAAAAUCAUUUCAAUUUAUUAAAUAGAAACGUUAAAAAGAAGUUUUAUAAAAGAUUCGUGUUCUUCUGUUAACAUUGUUUUCGCCGUGAGUCGAGUUGGCGAUAGUUCUAGUGAAAGCUCGAGAUCAUUUCGAUCGCCCCGCGGACUUUCGCGCUGUUAGGCGCGGUAAUAAAAUGCAAACCUCGGGCGUGCUCGCGCCGCUUCAACGGAUUUCCGAACGGGAGACUCGCGAGUGAACGUUCCGUGAUUAGGAGUGAUUUGCCUCGAUCGAUGGCGAAAUCCAUGGCAGAGAAUGCGUUUAUCUGCGAGCGCGAUCUAUGACUUGGCGAACGUAUAGCGCGGGUGUGUGUUACGGAUCUGUAUUGUGAAUUGUGUUUGAUCUUCGACCGCGCGUGCACGUGUUUCUUCACGUGUUGCCGCUCCGAUUAUUUUCUGCGAAGGACAAGUCGAAGGAAGCCUCUCUGCAUGAAAUUCCAUCUACAAAAUCCCUACAAACAUUCGAAUAAUCCCCACAAAUAUUCGAUCUGCGUAUUUUAAGAUGCUCCGAUUUGUAAGCCAUCGGAUUAUCAGACUGUUCACGCGAUAAAUCUCCAAGCGUUCUCCAAAUCAGUCAGAAGACAGCCCAAAAAGCCUUAGACGAAUCUUUUCCUCGACAGUCGCUUAAGAUGCUUUGAUUGAGUCGAUUACGAGUUUUCUGGUCCCACAAAGAUGACGUUCGAUCGCUCGAUCUGUUUGCCGGUGUUCCUCCUCGUCAUCUGCGUUUCUUGCACCUUUGUUUUUGGCGACCAACAAUUUCUGGAGAAACCGCAACCCUAUCAGGAAGUGUCGUCCGGUGAUGACGUGAGAUUACGUUGCAUAGUACAGGACAAGGGUGGCCAGUGCAUCUGGCAGAAAGACCGAAGACCGAUAGGCAUACAACCAGAUAAGUACGAGUGGGCGAACAGCCGCGGCAACGGGGAUUGCUCCCUUGUGAUAAGACGAGCCAAUUUACAGUUUGACGAUGGUUUCUGGGAGUGUCAGGUUACUUCCAGCGACUUUAUCCGCCAAGAUGCACUUUCAUCCGAACAAUCGAGACUGCUCGUGAAGGUGAAACCUAAAGAACCUCAACUGGAAUACGGUGGGACCGUUUUGGGCACCACCCUAAUGCUGCAGGAGGGGCAGGAAGUAAUGAUUUCUUGCGUUUCAAAAUACGGAAACCCACCCGCCGUUAUCAAGUGGUUCAUAGGGAACAAGGAGGAGAAAUCUUACACGCAAAGCAACGCAACGGAAGUGGAUAAUCUGAAAACCUGGGCAGCUCAUAGUUUUCUACGGGUGCGUGGUCGAAGGGAAAAUCACGGUCUGCCGAUCCGAUGUGUGGCCAUGCAUCCGACGAGCUUAACACCGAUGAGCACAGAGACGCGACUGGAUGUUCAUUAUUCGCCGGAAGUGCGACUCGAAAUGGGUCCGCAGCCGCUCAUGGCCGCUCCGGAGGAUUCGGUGAGUUUCUUGAACUUGAAGUGCCUGGCGGAUGCUAAUCCAGUCCCAAGCAUCAAGUGGUUCAAAGACUCGGUGCCGCUCGACCGCUUAUUAAUCGACGCCACAUUUUCGUCAUCAUCAUCGUUAAUACAAGGCAAAACGACAGAGCUGAACGACACCGUGUGGAGUGCCAAAUUGCACUUCGAGCCGGUCACGAGGAGUGACGCCGGCCUAUACUCAUGCAAGGCGAUAAACAACGUCGGUGAAAGCGCUCCCGCGAGUUACAGGCUCGAUGUGCAAUAUGGACCGAAGGAGAAAAGCAAAGACGGAAACAUCACGUCCGAGAAAGACAUGGAAAAUAUGGCGCUGUUAGGUUCCGCCGUGGCUCCCUUUGAGUGCUCCGAGUUCGAAGCUAAUCCGUCUCCUCAAUACAGAUGGGUGCAUCUUCGCGGUAGCUUGGCGGAACCGAUCGAGAAUCGCGUGCAGAACAAGGGCGGUGGUCGACGCCUCCACCUCGAGAACAUCAUGUGGUCCGACGAGGGAGAAUACCGUUGCAUUGCCUUCAACACAAUCAACGGUGUUAAACGAGAGAGCUCCAGUAGCACACGCUAUAUGCUGCGUGUGACUGGACCGCCGGAGAUCCAGAUCAAACCAUUGCUAGGCGAGAACGUCUUAGAGUCCAUUGGAUGGGCAGGAGAACCCGUGCACAGACUCAAGUUCCGAUUUUGCUCGCGACCGCCACCGAAACUGGUCGCUUGGCAGUGGGGCAGUUCUCAUCUUCGAGCCGGAGAAAGCAUUAAUCCAAAGUACGAUGCUCUACCGUUGGAACCCAUCACCGAGAAUCAAAUGCUAACCAACUGUUAUUGGGCCAAGCUGGAAAUCAAGGAUUUGCGAAAGGAGGAUGCUCGGAUGUACAUUUUAUUAGUGGAGAGCGAGAAGGGUCACGACUCAACGAACAUCAAAUUGAUAGUGAGAGACCCCACGGAGACGCGCGUAAUAGCCGCAGCUGUGACGGUCGGCCUGUUAUUCCUGUUACUGCUGAUCUCCAUCAGCGUGUACUCGCUACUGAGGAUGCGACGCAGACGGUACCGGCAAAAGGUGGAGGAGGACGGCAGCAUCGCGGCAGAUGCACUUUAUAGUAACGGUGCAUCGAUGGAUCAACAAAAGUCCAUCAAUUCGUCCCACGUAAAGACCUUCGCAAGAAAGUCUAGCUUGGAUGGCAGCCAGGGCGUGUAUGAUUACAGUCGCAUCGCGAAGCAGACGCGUGCCAUGAGCCCGGAAGCGCUGAAGGUCAGAAGAGCGCCGGCAGUCUUACAACCGCCCACCAUCGUAUAAAAUAUACGGAUCUCCAUCUCUUUCAUUGAUACCGAGUCCCCUCUCCUCAUCGAAUCCUAUUCCUUCCACAACAACAAUAAAAUCUACCUUUUGUUGUGUAUUCACAUAUCCCUUUCCAUCACACAUCAAUCUCUCAUCCCUUUAUUUUCUUCUUAGAACAUUUUUUUCUUAGAUAUUUUUACUAUUUACUAUAGAGUGUAUGUGUAAAAAAUCAGGUAUUUUUUAAUUAUUUUAAUGAUGUGGUAUACAAUGUGUAUAUUUGUAUCGAAUGUUAUAGUCUGAUAUUUAUAUCGAGAACACAAGUGUCCUCGCGAGAUUAUUGACUGUUGUUGCGUAUCUUUGUAACGUUAAGCAAUUAAUUUUUUCUUAAAUUUAUUUAUUAUAUACUGUUCAUUGUAUUUUACCAUAGUAAGUAAGACUACAAUGACAAUCUGCCCAUCAAAAUGUAGGCACGUCGUGAUAAAUAUUGUAUGAAGAACUCGCAUACCGGUGCAAAGUAUAGUCCGCGUCAUCGGAGCGGAACGAAGCGUAACUUUAAUAGCGGUCGCAUCUCAGCGAUUUUAAUAGCGGUUGCGCGACGAGGCGGGAUUAGUGCAAAACUGGACCUCACGGAAACUGUUAUGUACAGUUCCCGAUUUUGAUAUUUCGAUCAACAUGUAUUUUAAUGUGGAAGAAAUUUUAUGACUGAAACGAGCCCCUUGUUUCGAGAAUAAUGCAAAAUAUUAUUUCAACUUUAUAUGUGUUCGAAAUAAAUGAUUCAAGUAGAGAAUAAGUAUUUUUGCGGCAAUCAUCAUUCAUUAUACAAAAAUAAAUUAGAC